AUGGAUCAGACUCUUGAUUUCAAUGCUUUACGCUUUCGGGUAGUGGCGGUCGGCUGGCAAGGCAAAAGUGAGGGGAGACUUGGACUGAAGGUUGCAGACAGCUGGAGGGAGCACUGGCGUGGCCUGGCGCUAGUAAAGGAGGAGCAGGCGGGCACGAUGUGGAUUUCGAUAACCACAGGGUCUCACCUGCAACCACCUGCAACCACCUGCAAGCGCGGGGCCGGUGCCCCCUAUUUCCCCUUUUUCGCGUGGGGCUCAGGGCGCCGAGUGCCAGCCCCGACAGCAGAUCUCGAAGCGCCUUCCGCAGCGCCUUCUGCAGCGCUUGCUCCCAGGGCCAUCCCGCCAGCGCGAGCUGACAUUUCCAAGCUCUUUAGGGCCAGCUUACUGGACGCCCUGACUGGCUGGCGGGCGCCGUCGCCAAUGGAGACUGAUGGAUCGCAUUCCAUGCCGUGCACCGAUGCGGGCUGCUUCCGUCACAUUCUCGCGCGGUCGCUGGCACGUCGCGCAGCCCCGGAUGCAUCAGUAUCAGCACACAACACGCGGCACGCGGUACGCGGUUCGCAGCUUGCAGUCCUUUGCUUCACCGAGUCUUUACCUUUGCCGGGUGCCAUCCGGCCACGCAUCCACUCGCCGCCCUGCCCCUUUUUCCCACAGCCAGGUGACCGAGGCCCGACGCCGUGGGCGGUGAGCAGGUUGGGAGGCAGUUGGUGGACAUGCAGGUGCGGUGACGAAAUAUCGGAUAUGCGUGUGCACGACGUCAGGCGCUCCAUCGCAGGGGUUCCCCUCACCCAGGCCUGCGUGCCAGCGUGGGAUCCUGGCCCUGUGGUUUUGAGUCCAGCAUGUCCAGCACACACGACGCUGCCCAGCACUCUAGAGCAGAGGUGGCCGAGUCGGGCUUGGGGUGGAGACUUCAUGCGCAUGGCGCCAUCGUGAUAAAUGAGUACAAGACAGGCAAUGGCGGCUCCGUGAUGGUCAAGCGAUGGCGCCCGAAACGAGCAAGCAAGCACCUGCCCGCCCGCUUCCCGGCGAGGAGCAGAUGCCGCCGGCAACACAGCUUCUUGACCCACAGCUCAAGACAAACCGC